GCUCUCCAAACCAAACCAAACCACCACAUCCCAUUUACAAUUCCAUAUCCCAUUUGAGGCUCUAGGUCAAUUGAUCCCUCAAUAUGUUGAAAACAUUCAGAACCAUCCGGCCAAUGGCCUCCCACUUCAAAACAUCAUCCUCCUCCCUCCCCGCACUCACACUCACCAGAAGCUCCUCAGCCUGGUCAGUGAAAAUCUACGAAUUCAUUGAAGUCUGCGAGCCCCGUCCAGGAGUAGGUCAAAGUGCGUUUGUCUACUCUUUAAUCCAUUCCCCCACGCUCUACACACCAUCCAUUAACCACCCCUCACUAACACACAAACCCAGUAACCCUCUCCCGCCCCAAAGCCCUCAACGCCCUCUCCACCCCCCUCAUAAUCGAACUCAACACCGCCCUCACAACCUUCCAAUCCUCCCCCAGCAUAAGCGCCAUCCUUCUAACUGGGUCCCAAAAGGCCUUCGCAGCCGGCGCCGACAUAAAAGAAAUGUCCACCCUCACCUUCAGCGAAGCCUACAGCACCUCCUUCAUAGAAUCCUGGUCCGCGCUCACCACCUCCAUCAAGAAGCCCAUAAUCGCCGCAGUCUCCGGCCACGCUCUCGGCGGGGGCUGCGAGCUCGCCCUCAUGGCCGACAUCCUGUACUGCACGGCCAGCGCGAACUUCGGCCAGCCAGAGAUCAAACUAGGUACCAUCCCAGGGGCAGGUGGUUCGCAACGCUUAACGCGUGCGGUCGGGAAGGCGCGCGCGAUGGAGCUUAUCCUAACCGGGAAAUCGUUUUCGGGCGCGGAAGCGGUGUCGUGGGGUGUAGCGGCGCGGUCCUUUGAGUCGUAUGAAGAGUUGAUGGAGGGGGCUCUGAAGACGGCGGAGACGAUUGCGGGGUAUAGUAAGGUUGCGGUGCAGGCUGCGAAGGAGGUGGUGAAUAAGAGUCAGGAUUUGCCGUUGAGGGAUGGGGUGGAGUUUGAGAGGAGGGUGUUCCAUGGUUUGUUUGGGAGUGGGGAUCAGAAGGUGGGGAUGAAGGCUUUUGCGGAGAAGAAGAAGCCCGAGUGGACGCAUAGGUAGGUGGUGUAUGAUG